UGUGUCAGUAAGUCUCUCUUCAGUCUAUUAAGAAGUCUUGGUCUGUUCACCAAAAGAGGAAAUCCCGUCAUUUCAAUCCCGUCCUCUCGUUGUGGCUCCAAAUCUCCGCUGGUGAGACAGAAAACUCAGCUGUGUUUUGGACCAUGGGAGAUUAUUAUGGGCUGGUGGUUCUGGUAGGCGUGGCUUCACUUCUGACGACAAGCCCAUGUGAUGCGAGCUGCAGUGGAACAGACGGCCAUGCUGGAGUACAAGGAGCUCCAGGCAGAAAUGGAUGGCCAGGACCGAAGGGGGAGAAAGGAGAUCCAGCUGUGAUGGCCAGCGGCCCAGUGGAUGUAGACGUCCUGAUGCGUCUGAAGGGGGAGACGGGAAGUAGGGGCUUGCCAGGGGCCAUGGGUCCUAAAGGUUACCGUGGAGAUCUGGGAGCAGCGGGUCAGCCUGGAAACAUCGGUCGCCCCGGCCCUGCGGGAAAAAGCAGUGCCCAAGGACAAAACUCUGAUCAGCAGGCCCGUUCAGCCUUCUCAGCGAUCAGGACUACUACUGAUUAUCCUAGAUACAACCAGAUAGUAACCUACCAGAAUGUUGUGGUCAACAAACCUGCCAACUUUAACGCAGCCACAGGUCAAUUCAUCUGCAAAGUAUCUGGCGUUUAUUACUUCACCUUCCACUCUGUGGCCAAGGUCAGCAUUUGUCUGUAUAUAGCCACUGACGCACCAUACAACAAGCUGGGAUUCUGUGAUUACAACCAUUCUAAAAAUAUGCACAGGAACCAAGAUCAGGUGCUGUCAGGCGGCGUGGUCUUACAGCUGACAGCUGGACAGAAGGUUUGGCUCGAGUCCUUUAAAGACCAGCAGAUAGAUGCUGACGCAAGAGACACCCGAGAAAAACAGAUCAUCUUCAGUGGCUUCCUGCUCUUCUCAAAUUGAGAAUAUCGUUCAGUCAUACACUCACAACAGCAUUGAGUCAGUGCUGAAAACUGCACCCUUUAUGAAUUCAGUAUCUAAAAGUCUCUGAUUUCAUUUCAAAUAUUUCAAAAUCUUUUCUUAAAGGAACAUUUCACCAUAACACAGUAUCACGGUGCAGUAAUACGUCUUGAGCUUUUACAUUUUGUUUUUAAUGUUAACCCACAGGUUACUUUGGAUUUGUUCAGCUGAUCUGUUUCCUUCAGAUUCACUCAUGUAAGCCUUAUAUAAAUGUUGACUUUGUCUGUGAAUGCAACUAAAACAAAAUAAAGUUUAUCAUUGAGUGUGA